AUGGUAUCCAUCGCCGCCGUCGCUUCAUCGGCUUUGGAACACGACGGCCCUACGGCGUCGCCGCCAUCAUCAGCCCACGCAAUCGCCGGCAACGACGAUGCCUUGAGCGAGAUCCUCCUUCGCACCCCCGUGAAGUCUCUGAUUCGAUUCAAAUCCGUGUCCAAGCACUGGUCCUCUCUCAUCUCUAACCCCCAUUUCUCUCUCCUCCACACCCUCCGCCACUCCGCUUCCAAACCCUCCGCCCUCCUCCUCCGCCUCACGCCGCCCGACUUCGACUUCGUUCCUCUCCGGGAUUCUCUCUCUAAAUCUCCUUCUCCUCCUCCAUUCCGAUCUCUCAAUUCCAUUCUCCACCGCCCUUCUGGUUCAGGUACCAAAAUUCUUCAAUCUUGCAAUGGUUUGUUGCUCUGUUGUAGCUUUCCACAUUCAAUCGGAAAUGUUCGCCGUUACUACGUUGUCAAUCCCACAACCAAGCACCGUCUGCUUCUUGACUUGCCUCGUGCUGAUGUUUCCUCUGUUUUCGGUGUUAAUUUAGCUUUUGAUCCUUCAAUUUCACCGCACUACAAUGUGGUUUUUGUGCGAAGCACCCCAUUGUCGAUUCAUUGUCGCCAGAUUGAGAUUUAUUCAUCGGAGACUCGUUCUUGGAGGCUCUCUGGUGAUAGCUUUAGACCUCAAUUUGAUAUGCUGUUCACUGAUGGGGUUUUUUGGAACCGUGCGAUUCACUGGAUUAGUCCCAGUGGGGUUUCAUUGCGAUUCAGUGUUGAUGGGGAGUGUUUGGGAACAAUGCCUCCGCUUCCGCUACUUGACACGGAUUGGUAUACGAGGCGGUAUAGGUUUUUCGGCGAGUCUAAUGGCCAUUUGCAUCUUAUUGAAGUUUACGGGCCACAGACUACGCAAUUUCGAGUUCUUGAGAUGGAAAGAGACUACUCUCAAUGGUUUGUGAAGUUUUCUGUUAAUCUUGAUGGUAUUGUAGCUGCAUUUCCUGAGAUGGUUCGGAGCUAUCUGGACACUCAUGAUGGGAAUUAUUAUGCAUUCUCUAUACUUGGUGUUCUUCGCGAAGACAAUGAAGAUGAGUCAUUUCUAGUGUUGAGUGUACCCGGUAAGGUGAUAUCUUAUAACUUUAAGGAUAGUUCAUUGAAGGAGCUUCUGGAUUUUGCGCCUGCGAAAAUUGACAAGAACCAUAUACUGCAAUUUGGAUGUUUUGAUACUUAUCAAUACAUUGAGAGUCUCGCUCCUGUUUGA